AUGAAUAUGGGACCAAAAAUCCGUAUUCGGUUUUCUCAGAAUUCCUCGGAAGAAUUUCAAAGACAUCAUCCUGGUUCUUUGGUUGCCAUGGAGAGCCGCCACAGAGCGGAAGUCCAGCGGGAAACUGGUCGCGCCCAGAACGCCACAGGUUCUGUCGGCAGGCCUGACAUCAACUUGGGCGCAACUAAUGACGUAAUAGGAUCUGGCUUGAAACAAGCAAAGGUCUUGAUCCUGGCUUACUAUCGCAGUGGUUCCACGCUCACUGGAAGUUUCUUCAACAGUCUGCCUGGAGUUUUCUACACCUUUGAGCCUCUCCAUGCCGUGUUCAAGAACGCUGACCGCCAGAGGAGCCUGAAGUACUUUAGCGGAAAAGUUAGAACAGCGCCAAAGUGGGAAGAGAUAAGCAACCUUUCUCUUGAAAUCCUACAAGCUUUUUACAGCUGUGACUUAGAGGCUCUCGACUGGCACACCAUAACAAGCGGUUUUGGAGCAAAGUCUACUGCUUACGCCGAAUACAUAGGAUGCCUGAGGAGUACCCCGUUGAACUCUAACAACAGGGAAAACGUCAGACGAAACUGCCUGCCUGGCUUAAUCCAAAGGUGUAAAUCCUCUAAAACCAUAGUGGUUAAGACAAUUCGUGUUCAUAUGACCUUAGCUGAGGAACUGCUCAAGGUGAUUCCAGAUUUGAAAAUAGUCCACUUGAUGCGCGAUCCGCGUGGAAUGGCCUGUUCACUACAGCGCAAGCAGUGCCGAGGAUCAUUGGCCAAUGUUAAUGACAUGUGCGCACGCCUUACAACUGACGUUUUGCGUCGACGUGCUCUAGCGCAUGUGCAUCCUGAAAGCGUCUGUAGCGUCAAAUACGAGGAUAUAAUACAGACGCCACUGCGGACGGUGAUGAAUAUGUUUAAAUUUCUGGGACUAGUUUUCCAUUCGGAUGUCGCCAAAUGGAUAUUCUAUACUCUUUUUUCAGGUCACCAAAGCAACGGGCCGCUCAGUAUAACAAAAUCAAAUUCCAUAGCAACGGCCUAUAACUGGACCAGAAGAAUUCACUGGGAUGUAGUGGAUCGGUACCAACAGACAUGCGCAGACUUUCUGCGCGAGGAACAUUAUCCGGUUUUCUACGAUAUAGUUGACGUUCGAAAAUUUAGAGUCACUGAAAGAAAUUUAACGGAGCAGGUGUUGGAACUUCAGCAAUUCUGGUCACAGAAAGAUGGCGGCGACCUCGCAGUUUGA